UUCGGAGCUGGAUUCUGUUUUCCGUUACUCAUCCAACGGCCACCUUUGCUUCUUCUCAAAUUCCCGGCGAGGGAGUUAAAAAGGAAAAAACGAACGGAAGGGAACAAGAGAGAAAGAGAGGCGAUUUUGAUUUUCUUACAGAGAAUCGAGCUAUGGGGAAGGAUUACUAUAAUAUACUGAAAGUGAGCCGAAGUGCUAGCGAUGAAGAUUUGAAGAGAGCUUACAAGAGAUUAGCGUUGUUUUGGCAUCCAGACAAGAACCCUGCGUAUAAGCACGAAGCUGAGGCCAAAUUCAAGCAAAUUUCGGAGGCUUAUGAUGUUCUUAGCGAUCCUCAGAAGCGUCAGAUCUAUGACCUUUACGGCGAAGAAACCCUCAAGUCCGGCAAGAUUCCGCCGCCUACGCCCCAAGCCACGUCCUCCUCCACGUAUUUUCCGGUUUACCAGCAUUUUCAACGGCAGCAUCCUAAUACUUCCACGUUUAAGUUUAAACCUAGGAACGCGGAGGAUAUUUACGCGGAGUUUUUCGGAUCGGAGGGCGGUGGUGGUAGCGGUAGCAAUGUCGAUGGGGGAGGGAAGAGCAGAGGGGUUAGGGAUGCGUUUUCUAGAUUUCCGAAUGGGGCGGAGAAUGGGAGUGGUGCUCAGGGGAGGAAGGCUGCUGCAGUUGAGCAUGCGUUGCCUUGCACCUUGGAGGAGCUCUAUAAAGGCGCCAAAAAGAAGAUGAGGAUUUCGAGGAAUGUGUAUGAUGUCUCUGGCAAGUUCCGGACAGUUGAAGAGAUAUUGACAAUUGAUAUAAAACCAGGGUGGAAGAAGGGGACAAAGAUCACUUUUCCUCAGAAGGGAAAUCAGGAGCCUGGCAUCAUUCCAGCAGAUCUUAUAUUUGUAGUGGAUGAGAAACCACAUGGUAUAUACCGGAGGGAUGGGAAUGAUCUAGUGGUGAACCAUGAACUAACGCUGCUGGAAUCACUCACAGGUAAAACUUUUGAAUUUACCUCUCUGGAUGGAAGGACUCUCAUAAUCCCUAUAACAGAUAUUGUCAAACUUGGUGAUGAGAUGGUUCUGGCAAAUGAAGGAAUGCCAAUCUCAAAGGAACCUGGGAAGAAGGGAAACUUGAGAAUCAAAUUUGAUGUCAAGUAUCCUUCAAGGCUUACAACAGAACAGAAGUCUGAUCUGAUAAGAGUUCUUGGUGUAGUUUCAUAGCAUAACACUCACUUGAGAAAAAGAGUUGCCCAUAUUAACACAUAGAUAGCAUAUUAUUCCCUGUAAAUAUAAACUCUGCAUGAUCUUGAAGAAUGUGAAAUGUUGGUAAAUCUUUUCUUUGUUU